AUGGUGGCGGCUUUUGUACGGAUGCAGGUGACUUCCCCACUUGGUACUCCCAGACUUUUGUUCAGAGAGCCAGAGACGAAAAAAGCUAUCAUCAUCGCGCCAGACUAUCCCCUCGGUCGCGAAGGAAACUACAAGGACAUCUACAAAGAAGAUGGCUGCUUCGAGCCCGGUUACAAAAGGUGGACACAAUGGCUGUAUCGUAAAAACCCGCGGAAAAGCUUUACCAUCGACAAGUAUUGCGUUUACGUGGAAGAUGAGAGCGCUGGUGGUCAGGCUGCCGUCACUGCGAUGUGGCUCAACGCGACGAAGGGUGGACCUAACCUGUCCAUCAGAGUAGCGCUUCUCCGCUACCCGAUGAAUGCGCAUUACAAACGGGAUUGGGAAAGGACCGCCAAAAAGGAGAAGAAUCAAUACAUGGGACAAUAUUUCACUAAAAACGAAGCCAGGGAACGCGCAAAAGAUGUUGGCGCUGUAACCAUAGAGCUCGAGAAGAGAGGCGUCGUGCCAACUUGUCCGAUGCGUUGGCCUUCAGAGGGCAUGGCCUUCGCGUUCAUACUACCCAUGGCUCAGACUUGGAAAGACCUUCUUCGACAUAAGCAUGGCGAUUGUUCGGUGGCCGACUCAACAGAUAGCGAUUACAUGGAUGACCCGAAGCUCUACGGCGAUCGUUUCGGGGGUGACAGGAUGCUCUACCUGGAAAUCGUGGAUGUCUUGCAGACGAGACCAACAUGGAACUCCAAAACGGGCAAGUUAGAUUGUGAAUACAGCAAAACGGUGGGUCAUGGUGUCGACUGCUGGCUCGAUGAAGACAAAGAUCCGUUGCUGAAAGAGGCCUAUGCUUGGGCUGGGAGUCGUUGGGAUGCUGAGGAGUGA